GUAUUAACUGAAUAUAAAAAAUAAAUAAAUAAUAAUGUAUCGUGAGGGGGCGUGGACUUGCAGGUGCUGAAAACUGCGGAAGCGGAAAUCGCCGUCGUGUCGUCUCCUCGAAGAUUCCUGAAGCGCCACUCAGGCUGUAGGAUCUGGUUUCUGACAUCCUGAGAUAAGUCAAUGCAGACAGGGGGAGGAGAGAGCAGCAGGAUGUACGCUCACUGAGCCAGCACUCAAGCAACGUAGAAAUAAAUCUUUGACAGCACUGACUUUAUAAAAGAUCACGGUGGUUUGAUUCCCCACCUCCCCACCAGACACCAUGACGUCCUCUAUGCUCCGCCGACAGCUGAAGAACCUGGUCCAGAACUACUCUGAGGCUGAGGUCAAGGUGAGAGAGGCAACAUCUAAUGAUCCAUGGGGUCCUUCCAGCUCUCAGAUGGCUGACCUCUCUGAUCUGACCUACAAUGUGGUGGCCUGCAACGAGAUCAUGACGAUGCUCUGGAAGCGCCUGAAAGAUGACAAGAACUGGAGACACAUUCACAAGUCCCUGACACUGCUGGAGUACCUGUUGAAGACCGGUGACGACCGUGUGCUUCUGAAAAUGAAAGACAACAUCUACAUUGUCAAAGCCCUCACAGAGUAUCGCUUUGUAGAAAAGGAUGGCAAAGAUCAGGGUGUAAAUGUGAGAGAGAAGGCCAAGGUUGUCCUUGUUCUUAUGGAGGACGACGAGAAACUAAAGGAGGAGAGAGAAUUUGCCUUCAAGACCAGAGAGAAGACAUCAAAAAGUUCAGCUGCCUCAUCCACGGACGCCAUCAAGGAUCCCAGCUACAAGCCAUGCUACGUUGCCGGGGCCACAGGACUUCCAUCCUUGGACAACAUACCCUCAGUGGCCGACUUGACUGCUUCCUUUGCUGCCCGCAAAGAAGAGCGUCUUAAACAGGAAGCUGAGAAGAAAGAAGCAGAGAGGAGGGCCAAGAUGUCUGAAGACGAGCUGAAAUGGGAGGAUGCUGGCAAAGGCAGUGAUGUGAAAGGAGCUUGGGGAGGAGAUAAAGCUGAGGAGGAAGAGGAGGUGAAAGCAGGCCCAUGGGGAGCCCCCGAAGAACCUAAAGAAGCCACAGAUCCAUGGGGUACACCUGCAAAACCUGACACAGCAGACACAGCAGCCAGCAGUGAUGCUUGGGGGGCUCCAACCAAAACUGAUGAAGAUCCAUUUUCAGCGCCAAAAACAGAUGUAGAUGAAGAUGCAUUUGCGGCACCAAAGAAUGGAGAAGAUCCUUUUGCAGCACCAAAAGAUGAAUCCGAUCCAUUUAGUGCAUCAAAAGAUGACCCGUUCAACACACCAAAAGAUAGUUCAGACCCCUUCAAUGCACCCAAAGACAAGGAAGAUCCAUUUGCUGCUUCAAAAGAAAAACCAGAUCCCUUUAGUUCAUCUGAAAAUGAUCCAUUCAACGCCCCUAAAGAUGAUCCAUUCAACGCCCCUAAAGAUGAUCCAUUCAACACCCCUAAAGAUGAUCCAUUCAACGCCCCAAAAGAUGAUCCAUUCAGCACCCCAAAAGAUGAUCCAUUUAGUACACCAAAAGAUGAUCCAUUUAAUGCCCCGAAAGAUGAUCCAUUCAACACCCCAAAAGAUGAUCCUUUCAGUGCUCCAAAAGAUGACCCUUUUAACACACCAAAAGACGAUCCUUUUAAUGCCCCAAAAGAUGACCCUUUUAUCACCCCUAAAGAUGACCCAUUUGGUACUCCGAAAGAUGACCCCUUCACUUCACCAGCAUCAACACCACCUAAAGAAGAUCCAUUUGCAGCACCAGUAUCCUCCAAAGAUGACCCCUUCACUGCUUCCACUACACCACCUAAAGAGGAUCCUUUCUCUGCACCGACUGCACCUACCCAAGAUGACCCUUUUGCUGCACCACCCAAACCUACAAAAGAGGACCCCUUUGCUGCCCCAACAUCACCACCCAAAGAUGAUCCUUUCUCUGCACCAUCCAAACCUACAAAAGACGACCCUUUUGCUGCACCAACAACACCCCCUAAAGAGGACCCGUUUACAGUGCCAUCCAGUCCACCAAAAGAUGAUGCCUCAGAUCCCUUCAAUGCCCCUCCGGUGAGCCCUCCCAAAGGCAGUGCAGAUGCAUGGGGAGCCCCUGCUAGCUCUCCACCCAGCACUGGGUCAGAUCCCUGGGGGACGCCAUCUGCUCCAAAGGAAGCAAAGGGCGGAGAUCCCUGGGGGGACGGGACAAGUGCCUCACCCAAUGAUAAUUCUGAUGGGUUUGGGGAUGCAUCCAAACUGGACAAUGACCCCUGGGGAGCCCCAGCUGCAGCUCCAGUUAACACAGACGAUGCCUGGGGUUCACCUGCUCCGACCUUAGACUCCCCCUCAUCUGGUGACCCCUUUGGAGACAGUGCAUCUAAAAAAAGUGAUCCUUGGGGUGCGCCAAGUGACGCACCUAGCAACGGGACAGGAAAGCGAACAGCGCAGGAAGAGAAGACAUGCAGAAAGACUGCUUCAUUUCUGGGCUCCGCGGGGGCAUCGCUUGUUGACUUGGACAAUCUUUUUUCUUCUAAUCCUCAAUCCAAACAGCGCCCCCUCGUCAACACGCUCGUCGCCCAGACACAAGCCAUCGGCGCUUUCAAAGCCAGAGGCAUGACAUCUGGCCCUGUGGUCAGAUCAGGGGCUGUUGCAGGGCUGUCCUUCCCUGAAACAUCAACCCCAUACUACAGUCCUUUUGGUUCCACCCUCGCUCCCACCUUUGGAGCCGCCAAUCCUUCCAUUGAAACUCCCCUAUUCCAGCUACCAUCCCAUGCCAUUGGAGCAUCUCAUUCUGGCUUAAAUAUGCGUCAGCCAGCUCACUUGGCUCCUCCGGGUUCAGGAACUGGAAUGGUACAGUCUGUUUCUGUGGGACGGAGUCCACAAAUGGGACUCAGCUUGAACCCCCCGUGUGGAGGAGUGGGCAUGGUGCAGUCUGGAUCUCUGGUGGGGAAUCCUUUGGCAGAUCCUCUCCUUUUGGGAACAGGAAUGGCUCAGUCCAGUUUCUUUGGAGGGAAUCACCAAGCAGCAGUGGCUCAUUUGGGAGGAUCCACUCCACAGGCCGGCAACGGAGUCACCUUUCAGCCACAGUUGCUCUCUGGCAGUGGGUUGGGUGAGACCGUGAACAAAAACAACAAUCCAUUCCUGUUCUGACAACCUGAUGUGUAAUCUUUCCUGUCAGAUAGACGCAUUAUACUAAAUGACCAAACUGGGUAGUUUUACAUGUUUUAGCCUUCCAAAUGUUUAUGUUGCAACUGUUCUCCAAAAUUUAGCCCAAGGAUUUUAGAUUUCCUGUGUAUCUUUCGGGCAGCCAUUGGUUUCAGUUACCGUCAUAAUGUCAUGAAUUUUCCUUCAUAAUUUUUGUCCACCUUACAGUACUAUCAAAUGGUAUUUCAGUUUUGUAGGCAUAGUUAGUUAAAGUCCAGAUGAAAUGACCUAUGCAGAGUUUCUAGCUUCCCUGUUGUGACAGGGAGGAAAUUUGACUUGAUUAUUGAAACAUGGCCAUGAAGAAGUACAUUAAUGGGAUAGUAAUGGUAGUAUCCAUAAGAGAGAGAGAGACUAAGCCCAUUGCGUGCUCCAUGUAACAUACUGUAAGUUGCUGAAGCAGUCUGCUGUAAAAUGCCUUGUGCAUCAUCUGGAGCUUUUACAGUACAGACACCACUUUCCUCAUAGUGUAUAAAUUCUAGCCCGCCUUUAACCACAGUAGUUUGGGGAAAUGAAGAUACACUGACGUACCAUGUUGUUGCUAGCUAGCUAACUUAAUCCUAGCUCUGUGCAGCUAAAUAUUAGCGGCUUGUGAUAUUACUGGUUGGUACUAGCUUACUUAAACACAUGCCAUAUUUUGUUUUACAGGGGAAAAAAGAUUGGAUUUUGGUAUAUGAAUAAAUAGAAAUUGAUUUUUUUUUUGGGGGGGGGGGGGCAUAUAUUGUUAAGUAGGUGGACAGUACCAUCAGGUUGUGAUCUGAAAGGGUUUAAAAUAGCCUUUUUAUAUCAUCUCAGUUAUUUGAGAACUCAUAUUUGAAGACUGAUUAAAAAAAUGGGAAAAAGAUCAUUUGAAAUUGACCAUCUUACAUCAAAAACUUGCUUUUCAGCAGCCAACUUUCAAAGCUCAGAUGUCAGAAUGUGUGUCUUGAAUGCACCAGCAAAGAAGAGUUUUCCAAAACUCUUUAUGGGAAAUGAACUAUUAAUUUGAGAGGAUCCCUGCUCCUAACUUAACCAUCCUGUAAUAAAAGCAUUACUUUGACAAAAAUGAAUGUUUACAUGGGCAAACUGAAAUCAUGGCAGCCUGUAAGGAAGGAAAAAAUAAGCUGUAGUUCCAUUUGCACGACUUGUCAGGCUAAAAUAUGCAAAACCCAUCAGCUCCUCAGCUUACACCUGCCCUCCCCUUGAGAUUUACACAAGUAAUAUGAUAGCCACGGUUUAAAUGUAUGCAGUAUAUUAUCAGAAAUACUAGGUCUGCAUGAUAUGAGGAACAUAUACGAUAAUGUUGUUGAAUAUCACAAUAACAAUAUUACUUGUGAUAAAGAGAUAAUAAAGUACUCAGUUCUGCCUUUUGCUGCUUUCAGCAUACGGCUAAAAUGCAACAAAUUGAUGUUGAUUGAAAAAAAUAAAAUAAAAUCAAGGAAAUUAUUUCUAGGCAUGCACCGAUUGCAAAAUUCUGGGCAGAUAUCGACGUUUAAAAUAACAAUUUGGCCGAUAGCCGAUACCAGUGUUUUUUGUUGUUGUUAUUUAUUUCCACUUUAGUGCCAGGGACGAAAAAAUCUUCAAUGUAAAAAAAAAAAAAAACCUUGAUAUGUUUAAAUGUCAUUUAGUUUUUCAUUACACGAAGUCACUGAAUAAGCACAAUCACACAAGUGUAUAAAACAACCUUUAAUAAAACCUUCUUUCACAUAAAAACAUUUUUAAAAAACUCUUUCAAAAGUCUUUUACUACAUAUAAAACAUCAUAAUCCCUCAUUCAUUCAUUCAUUAUUCUCUAAAAUCUAUUUUUUUAUUUUAUUUUCAUUGAUUUAUUUCAUUUAUUCAAGUCUUUGCCAAAAAACAGAUUUUACAAGAUUAUAUUUGAACAUAUGAAGAUAUCGUUAGAAUUUACCUUUGCCCAAUCCCAUAUUUUACUGAAUAGAGCUUUAACGCAUUACAAUGUAAAUCAAUGCAGUGUAACUGUUAGCUGUCCCGGCCACCGACUGCUUGUUACAAUGUAGCAUUAGGGAUUAGCACUUCCCUGGGCACGUUGAUAGUAAGUUUACUGCGUCCUUUUGUCGCCAGGGUGUCCUGGAAAAGAUCUCUGGUCAUCCCAAACCCAUUUUCUAUUCUCUUCGGGAUGAUGCGACACUGUUAGUCUUGGGUCCUUCUGUUUAGCCUGCGCAAAAUUGCUGCAACACAACAGGAAACAUUGCCCACUGCCAUCGGUGAAUGACAUCUUAUUUCCAGAUAAGCUGAGGACAGCCAACAAGGCAAAUAUCAGCAGAUACUGAUGUUCAGCCAAUAAAUCGGUGCAUCCCUAAAUUUCCACAUUCGUUUAUCGAACAAAUUGAACACUAAACCCAAAAGGCACAAGGAAAAAAGUGACAGUUUAAGGUGCAGUUUUCUACUGAUGUGCUCUUUCAACUUACUGGAAAAAUCCCUGAUUGCAACAUCACAUUCUUUCAUGAUGUGUUUAUUGCAUGAGUUGACAUUAAAAAAAACAUGUACACCUCUUGUGCAGCCCUGAGAAAUACAUGCAAAAUGUGUGAAAUGUGUACUUCUAUUUGAAUCAAAUCUAUUGGAUCAGCCGAUGCACAAGUGUGAGAAACAGAGAGCACCUGUACGUGUGAGUGUCUUUGUGGAAAUACUGAAGAACUACCGUUGAUGUGAGUGUUGUAUGGUUUCUGUGACUGAACCUGUAAAACAUUGAUAGAACUGAUCCGGGAACGACGUCAUUGUAGGUUUCCAUUAUGUGUGUAUGUGUUUGUACAAGGCGGAGUGUGUGUGACCUGCAUGCACACAGUGUGUGUGUGGCUGUGUGUGCAGUAUAUAUUGUGCUAAUGUAAAUAGUGGAAGUAAUCACAGAUAAACCUUGAAAUAUGCUGUAUAUCAGAGUGUUACAUUCAUGAGUAACUAUUUAUUGAUCUAUUGAUUGAUUAAUUUAUUGCUUGAUUAUUUAUUGGUGCAGCAAUGGCCUCCUACAAAGUUCAGGUUAACUUUCUUUGCUGCGUCAUUAUCAGACAGGUUGGUCUGACAUGUUGAUUGGCUUCGGUCUGAUACUGCUGUUCAAACACUGUACUAUAAAUCAACUCAGUAACCAAUGGUGGCUUUCUCUUCCCUGUUUGCAUUUGUUCUGGAUUCAUUGUGUAGUCGAACACGUCUCCUGGCAUUAAACAUGAAACAGAAAUGUAUUAUUGUAUGACGUUUAGCUGCAGCUUUGGCUAAAUAAAAACCGAAUUACGAACAUA